AUGAUACGCUUCAUAGUCACAGCCAGUGCCGUCAUCACCGGCGGCUCGGCGGUAUACUUCUACCUUUUCCACCAAAGGCUGUCAUCGCGCAUCCAACACAAGUCGCACCGUGGAAAGCUCUCAGCGUCAUCUCCGAAACCGAUAGAGAUCGAAUCUGUCCCAGAAACUAUAUUUACGGAAGAGUAUUUUGCACUCUACGAUCAUUCAUCAAAGUCCGUCUCGCGCGAUGCGCUCCCUAAGAAUAUCCCUACAGAGGGGCUUUUCACCAAGCUCGUCCGUCGCAACAUGACCGCGUUUACACGAUUCCCUCAAGCUUUAAUGAUCAGGCUCAUCAGUCGAACUCCCGAGGAACAGCGAAGUUUUAAGGCAUCUCAUCUCUCUUCUCUGGACUUUUAUGAAGGGGAUCUUGUAUGUGGCGUGUAUCGCGUGAUCACGCGUACCAAGAACAAGGUGGAAUUCGAAAUGAAGAUGAAGAACAUGGAGUUUAUCAACGGUCGGCUUGCUAUAAGCGUUCGGGAAACAGAGAGUGAAGUUGUCUUCUCUAGUGAGACUUUGAUGUGGAGACGGUCCGAUGAGGCUCAGGCUAUGCCACUGGAAAAGCCGUUGCUGCGCUGGAUGCAUGAAACGGCUGCUUGGUGGUUACUUGACUCUGGUGUGAAGUAUUUGAUGGAACUUGAAAGUUGA